UGACGUAUCCGACGCCGACGCUAACGGUAUUAUCUAAACAUAGAAACCGCUCCAAUGCAGCGCGCGAUUACCUUAUUCCUUAAAUUAUUCCCUUAGAAACGGGAGUUGUUAGUGUUAAUUUUGGUUUAUUGUACAUUUCGUCAGAGGAAAUAAUGGCUUACAGUUGGGAUAGCAGAAUCAAUUUCGUCGUCAAGUAUCUUUAUGAUGUGGACUGUAACGGAUACUUGGACGAAAGGGACUUCGCCUGUCUGGCGUUGAGGGCGACCAUUGUCGAGGGCAAAGGCGAAUUCAGUUUCUCCCGGCUGCAGGAACAUCAGCACAUCAUGCUUAAUUUAUGGGAAGAAAUGGCCGAGCUUGCCGAUUUUAACAAAGACCUGUUGCAGGACGGAAAGAUCACGGUGGAGGAGUUCAAGCGGGCGGUACAGCAAUGCUGCGUCGGAAGAAGCUAUGAGGACUUUCCGCAGGCGAUGAAGAUGUUUAUAGACUCCAAUUUUAAAAUGGUCGACAUGAACGACGAUGGUAUCAUCGCGGCGGAUGAGUAUAGGUACAACUGCGUCACAAAAUUCGCAAUUGACGACAUUGAAGCCGUCGACGAGGCUUUCGAUAAUUUACUAAGUGACGAUGAUCGUAGAAGAGGUGGCCUGACGUUGUCACGUUACCAAGAGCUCUACGCCCAGUUUUUAGGAAAUCCAGAUGAAGAAUGCCCCGCAGUUUAUCUAUUUGGUCCUCUUUCGGAUAUUCCCAUAAAUUACGAAUAGUUUUUAAUUCGACCACUCACAAUGAUUGUUUAUUCCAUCCAUGUCUUAUCUACUUAUUUCUAUGUGUAAUAUUAAGUUACUAUAUUUAAGCCAAAUUUAUUGAUAUGUUAUCGACUAGACAAUAAUUAAUUCUGUAGAAAUGAUUUUAUUAAACUCUUUUUUUGGUACCUA